GCAUUUCUUGAGAGGGUUUCCCGAUUUUGUAGAUCUGGCUCUGUUUUUCAGAGCCUGCCUGUGAAUGCCUCUGGAACUGGGGCUUUACUUUUUGUGCUGCUUUCGAAGUCGUGGCACUAAGACCCAGAAAACGGCGUGCUCUGUGUGGCUGGAGCUGGGCAGGCUGUGCUUGCGCUGAAGGAAGGGAAGGAAGUCAUUAGUGCAGACUGAGCUGUAGAGUUGGGUUCUUGCAGGAUUUCCUUCUAGCCUUUCCCCACUAAGAUUCUUGGGAAUUAAAAAAGAAAAAAAAAAAUCUAAACACACAAACCAAGUUUUCCUAUUUACAGUGUUCAGGAAAGGUAGGCAUUUCGGGAAGAGCAUACCCUUUCCCCAAGUUGUCCAAGAAGGAGGAGAAAACAGCGUAAAGAAGCUCUGAUUACAGAUCUUUGGAAUUUUCUUUGCUAAAUUUUACAAACGAGAAAUACACCCCGAAUUUUGGGACUCGCUCCAGCCUGCGCGUGAGGGUUUGGUUGCUUGUCUAAUCUUUUUUGAGAAGAGGAGGAUUCGCCAAAAGGGACUUGGAUGGCAGGAGCCGGGCUGGGUUUCCACGGCAGCUGCGGCUACGGGUCUAGUCUCUGAGGGUCCGCUGCAGGCUCCCGGCUCCCGCAGGCGCCGCUGGGGAAGAUGCCCGGCUCUGGCAGGGGUGCGCCGCAGGCUCCCGGGACUUCCUAGCCGGGCGGGGACACUCGGAUUGAACCGAAGGCGAAGGACCGGACGCUCGAGGCUCUCCCCCCUGGGAACAUGGCAAAGAGCUAGGGGCGGGAAGCAGGCAGCAUGACUUGCAGUGGCCGCUGCCCUGCCUCUGCCCCCAGUCCCCAGCCAACAUCUUGAUGCUGCUCGCCUCGGCUGUACAAAUAUGAUGAAAUGGCAGCCCCGGAAGAAGGCAUACUUCCGACAGGGUGUUGCCCUCCAGUACCUUGGCCGGCAUGCCGAUGCCCUGGCAGCCUUUGCAUCUGGCCUGGCUCAAGACCCCAAGAGUCUCCAGCUUUUGGUGGGGAUGGUAGAGGCCGCCAUGAAAUCUCCCAUGAGAGACACCCUGGAGCCCACUUACCAGCAGCUUCAGAAAAUGAAACUGGACAAGAGUCCCUUUGUGGUCGUGUCUGUGGUUGGGCAGGAACUCCUGACGGCUGGCCAUCACGGGGCAUCUGUGGUUGUCUUAGAAGCUGCUCUGAAGAUUGGCACCUGCAGCCUCAAACUGAGAGGCUCUGUUUUCUCUGCCUUGAGCAGUGCGUACUGGUCUCUGGGAAACACAGAGAAGAGCACUGGAUACAUGCAGCAGGACUUGGAUGUAGCCAAGACCUUAGGUGACCAGACAGGAGAAUGCCGAGCUCAUGGGAAUCUAGGCUCUGCAUUCUUCUCCAAAGGAAAUUACCGAGAGGCUCUGACGAACCACAGGCAUCAGUUGGUGCUUGCCAUGAAGCUCAAGGAUCGGGAGGCAGCUUCGUCAGCCCUGAGCAGUCUGGGCCAUGUAUACACAGCCAUUGGAGACUAUCCCAACGCCCUGGCCAGUCACAAGCAGUGCGUUCUUCUUGCCAAACAGUCCAAAGAUGAACUCUCUGAAGCCCGAGAACUUGGCAACAUGGGAGCUGUGUACAUCGCCAUGGGUGACUUUGAGAAUGCUGUGCAGUGCCAUGAGCGGCAUCUAAGCAUAGCCAAGGACCUGGGGAGCAAGCGGGAGGAGGCCCGUGCCUACAGCAACCUGGGCAGUGCCUACCACUACCGGAGGAACUUUGACAAGGCCAUGUCCUACCACAACUAUGUGCUUGAGCUGGCACAAGAGCUGAUGGAGAAGGCCAUCGAGAUGCGGGCCUAUGCCGGCCUUGGCCAUGCUGCCCGGUGCAUGCAGGACUUGGAGAGAGCCAAGCAGUACCAUGAGCGGCAGCUGGGCAUAGCUGAGGACCUCAAGGAUCGGGCUGCGGAGGGGCGUGCAUCCUCUAACCUGGGGAUCAUCCACCAGAUGAAAGGUGAUUAUGACACAGCCCUAAAGCUCCACAAGACCCACCUGUGCAUCGCCCAGGAGUUGAGCGACUAUGCAGCCCAGGGCCGUGCCUACGGGAACAUGGGCAAUGCCUACAACGCCCUGGGCAUGUAUGACCAGGCUGUCAGGUACCACCGUCAGGAGCUGCAGAUCUCCAUGGAGGUCAAUGACCGUGCCUCGCAGGCCUCCACACACGGAAACCUUGCUGUGGCCUACCAGGCCCUGGGCGCCCAUGACCGGGCCCUGCAACACUACCAGAACCACUUGAACAUUGCCCGAGAGCUUCGAGACAUCCAGAGCGAGGCCCGGGCACUCAGCAACCUGGGAAACUUCCACUGCUCUCGGGGAGAAUAUGUCCAGGCUGCACCAUACUAUGAACAGUACCUCCGCCUGGCCCCAGACCUUCAGGACAUGGAGGGAGAAGGGAAAGUCUGCCACAACCUUGGCUAUGCUCACUACUGCCUUGGGAACUACCAAGAGGCUGUGAAGUACUACGAACAGGAUCUGGCACUGGCCAAAGACCUCCAUGACAAACUGAGCCAAGCAAAAGCCUACUGUAACUUGGGCCUAGCCUUCAAGGCUCUUCUGAACUUCAGCAAAGCUGAGGAGUGUCAGAAGUACCUUCUGUCCCUAGCCCAGUCCCUGAACAAUUCCCAAGCUAAGUUUCGAGCCCUGGGGAACCUAGGUGAUAUAUUUGUUUGUAAAAAGGAUGUAAACGGUGCAAUAAAGUUCUAUGAACAGCAGUUGGGCUUAGCUCACCACGUAAAGGACAGAAGGCUAGAGGCCAGUGCCUAUGCAGCCCUGGGUGCUGCGUACCGAAUGGUCCAGAAGUACGACAAGGCCUUGGGUUAUCACACGCAGGAACUGGAGGUCUAUCAGGAGCUAAGUGACAUGCCAGGGGAGUGCCGGGCUCAUGGGCACCUGGCCGCUGUCUACAUGGCUCUAGGGAAAUACACAAUGGCGUUCAAGUGCUACGAAGAGCAAUUGGAGCUGGGGCGGAAACUGAAGGACCCAAGUCUGGAGGCCCAGGUGUAUGGCAACAUGGGCAUCACAAAGAUGAACAUGAACGUGAUGGAGGAAGCCAUCGGCUACUUUGAGCAGCAGCUGGCCACACUGCAGCAGCUCAGUGGGAACGAGUCUGUGUUGGACAGGGGUCGGGCCUAUGGCAACCUGGGGGAUUGCUAUGAGGCCCUUGGAGACUACGAGGAAGCCAUCAAGUACUAUGAGCAGUACCUGUCUGUUGCCCAGAGUCUGAACCGCAUGCAAGACCAAGCCAAGGCCUACAGGGGUCUAGGAAAUGGACACAGGGCGACAGGGAGCUUGCAGCAGGCCCUCGUGUGCUUUGAGAAGAGGCUCGUGGUUGCCCACGAGCUUGGGGAGGCUUCCAAUAAAGCCCAGGCCUAUGGAGAGCUGGGAAGUCUACACAGCCAAUUAGGGAAUUACGAACAAGCCAUUUCCUGCCUGGAACGCCAGCUGAACAUUGCUAGAGACAUGAAAGACCGAGCCUUGGAGAGUGACGCAGCCUGUGGCCUAGGAGGUGUCUACCAGCAGAUGGGGGAGUAUGAUGCAGCCCUGCAAUACCACCAGCUCGACCUGCAGAUUGCAGAGGAGACCAACAACCCCACAUGCCAGGGCCGAGCCUAUGGGAACCUGGGUCUGACCUAUGAGUCCCUGGGUACCUUCGAGAGGGCUGUGGUCUAUCAAGAGCAGCACCUGAGCAUCGCGGCACAGAUGAAUGACUUGGUGGCCAAGACGGUGUCCUAUAGCAGCCUCGGGAGGACACAUCACGCCCUGCAGAACUACUCCCAGGCAGUCAUGUACUUACAGGAAGGUUUAAGGUUAGCUGAACAACUGGGCCGAAGAGAAGAUGAGGCAAAAAUUCGCCAUGGUCUUGGUCUCUCCCUUUGGGCGAGUGGAAACCUAGAAGAGGCCCAGCACCAGCUUUAUAGGGCAUCAGCCUUGUUUGAAACGAUCCGGCAUGAGGCACAACUGAGCACAGACUACAAGCUUUCCCUCUUUGACCUGCAAACAUCAUCCUACCAGGCCUUGCAGCGAGUGCUCGUCAGCCUAGGCCACCAUGAUGAAGCCCUGGCCGUAGCAGAAAGAGGUCGGACAAGAGCAUUUGCCGACCUGUUGGUGGAACGGCAGACAGGACAACAAGACUCAGACCCCUACUCACCCAUCACCAUCGAUCAGAUCUUGGAGAUGGUUAAUGGGCAGCGAGGACUAGUGCUAUACUAUUCUCUGGCUGCAGGCUACCUCUACAGCUGGCUGCUUGCUCCCGGAGCAGGAAUUCUGAAGUUUCACGAACAUUACCUAGGCGACAACUUGGUGGAAAGUUCCAGUGACUUCCAGGCUGGCAGCAGUGCAACGCUUCCCACAGCAACCAGCUCAGCCCUGGAGCAGUACAUAGCCAGUGUCCGAGAGGCCCUGGGGGUGGAAUCUUACUACUCCAGGGCCUGUGCCAGCAGCGAGACAGAAAGUGAAGCUGGAGACAUCAUGGACCAGCAGUUUGAAGAGAUGAACAGCAAGCUCAACUCGUUGACUGACCCCACUGGCUUCCUGCGGAUGGUGCGGCACAAUAACCUUCUCCACAGGAGCUGCCAGAGCAUGACCAGCUUGUUCAGUAGCACCAUGUCACCCAUCAAGGACGGAACCUCUUCUCUCCCCAGGAGACAGAGCUCCCUGGCCCAGCCCCCACUCCGUGCCCUCUACGAUCUACUCAUCGCACCCAUGGAAGGGGGCUUGAUGCACUCCAGCGGCCCUGUGGGCCGGCACCGGCAGCUCAUCCUGGUUCUGGAGGGGGAGCUCUACCUCGUCCCUUUUGCUCUCCUGAAGGGCAGCGCCUCCAACGAGUAUCUGUAUGAGCGCUUCACCCUUAUCGCUGUGCCUGCCAUCCGCUCACUUGGCCCACACUCCAAGUGUCACCUGAGGAAGACCCCACCCAUGUACUCCAGCUCUACCUCCAUGGCCGCUGUCAUAGGCAACCCCAAACUCCCGUCCGCGGUGAUGGACAGGUGGCUAUGGGGGCCGAUGCCGUCAGCUGAGGAGGAGGCCUACAUGGUAUCCGAGCUGCUGGGUUGUCAGCCCCUUGUGGGCAAUGUGGCCACCAAGGAGAGAGUCAUGAGUGCCCUGACCCAGGCUGAGUGUGUCCACUUUGCCACCCACAUCUCCUGGAAGCUGUCAGCCUUGGUCCUCACCCCCAGUGCAGAUGGCAACCCCGCCAGCAGCAAGAAUUCCUUUGGCCACCCCUACACGAUCCCCGAGUCCCUGCGGGUGCAAGAUGAUGCCAGUGAUGGGGAGAGUGUCUCCGACUGCCCGCCACUCCAGGAGCUGCUGCUCACGGCCGCUGACCUCUUGGACCUACGGCUGCCUGUGAAGCUAGUGGUGCUCAGCUCCUCCCAGGAGGCAAACAGCCGGGUCACUGCAGAUGGUAUGGUGGCACUGACACGGGCCUUCCUGGCUGCUGGUGCACAGUGUGUCCUUGUGGCUCUGUGGCCAGUUCCAGUAGCUGCUUCCAAAAUGUUCAUCCAUGCCUUCUACUCAUCCCUGCUGAAUGGCCUGAAGGCCAGUGCCGCCCUAGGUGAGGCCAUGAAGGCUGUGCAGAGCAACAAGGCCUUCUCGCAUCCCUCCAACUGGGCAGGUUUCACACUCAUCGGGAGCGAUGUGAAGCUCAACAGCCCCUCGUCACUCAUCGGCCAGGCACUCACCGAGAUCUUGCAGCACCCAGAGAGAGCACGGGACGCCCUGCGAGUGCUGUUGCACCUGGUGGAGAAAUCUCUGCAGCGCAUCCAGAAUGGGCAGCGCAAUGCCAUGUACACGUCCCAGCAGAGCGUGGAGAACAAAGUGGGUGGCAUCCCCGGCUGGCAGGCCCUCCUCACCGCUGUGGGCUUCCGGCUAGACCCCCCUGCCAGUGGCCUUCCAGCAGCUGUCUUCUUUCCAACGUCGGACCCUGGCGAGCGACUACAACAGUGCAGCAGCACCCUCCAGGCCUUGCUGGGUCUGCCCAACCCUGCCCUCCAAGCCCUGUGCAAGCUCAUCACAGCCUCAGAGACGGGCGAGCAGCUCAUCAGCCGGGCUGUUAAAAAUAUGGUGGGAAUGGUGAGUACAACUUUAAAUAGCAACUGCUGCCAGCUCCACCAGGUGCUGGUCCAGCUCCAGGCUGGCGAGAAGGAGCAGGACUUUGCCUCAACUCCCAUCCAGGUCUCCAUCAGCGUCCAGCUGUGGCGGCUCCCCGGGUGUCAUGAAUUCCUGGCGGCUCUCGGUUUUGACCUCUGUGAAGUGGGCCAGGAAGAAGUGAUUCUGAAAACUGGGAAGCAGGCCAGUCGGCGUACCACGCACUUUGCACUCCAGUCCUUGCUGUCACUCUUUGAUUCCACCGAGCUCCCUAAGCGCCUCAGCCUGGACAGCUCGUCCUCCUUGGAGUCACUGGCGUCGGCGCAGUCUGUGUCCAAUACUCUACCCUUGGGCUACCAGCACCCUCCUUUCUCUCCCACCGGGGCAGAGAGCAUCGCCUCUGACGCCAUCUCCGUGUACAGUCUUAGCUCCAUCGCCUCCUCCAUGAGCUUUGUCUCCAAGCCUGAGGGGAGCUCAGAAGGUGGGGGCCCCCGAGGACGACAGGAUUACGACAGGCCCAAGAAUGCCCAUCCACAGCGAGCCACCCUGCCGAGGCGCCAGCUGUCCCCCCAGGCUCGGCAUGGGGUUAGCAAGGAAGAAGAGGAGUAUGAGGGGUUCUCCAUCCUCAGCACAGAACCCCUGGCAGCAUACCAAGACAGGAAGCCGCGCUUCUCCCCAGACCCCAAGCAGCCCUCCGGGGCACCAGGUGGUGUGAGGCUCUCAGUCAGCUCCAAGGGGAGCAUCAGCACUCCCAAUUCUCCAGUGAAGAUGACUUUGAUCCCCAGCCCAAACUCGCCCUUCCAGAAGGUCGGGAAACUGGCAAGCUCAGACACAGGCGAGUCAGACCAGUCCAGCACAGAGACCGACAGCACCGUGAAGUCACAAGAAGAGAGCACCCCCAAGCUUGACCCCCAAGAGCUGGCCCAGAGGAUCCUAGAGGAGACACAGAGCCACCUCCUGGCAGUGGAGCGCCUUCAGAGGAGUGGCCCAGCCAUCAAGGGCCCUGACCGUGAGGAUGGUGUGACAGCAUCUACCACAGUCUUCAGGGCUUCAGAAACCAGCGCUUUCAGCAAACCUGUCCUCUCCCAUCAGAAGAGUCAGCUGUCACCACUCACCCUCAAACCAAAGCCCCCAGCCAGGAGCUCAUCCCUCCCUAAGGUGAGCUCUGGGUACAGCAGCCCCGCCAUGUCAGAGGCAUCAGGCAAGGAUGGCCUGAGCCCACCUAGCAGCGGCCCAUCACCUGGCUGCAAUACCCAGGCCUCCCCAUCAGACCAACCUCUCUUUAGACUCAAGUACCCUAGUUCUCCUUACAGUGCUCACAUUUCCAAGUCCCCCCGGAACACAUCUCCCGGAUCAGGCCACCAGUCCCCGGCAGGCAGUGCGCCAUCACCUGCACUCUCCUACUCCUCAGCUGGCUCUGCUCGCUCCAGUCCAGCUGAUGCCCCCGAUGAGAAGGUGCAAGCAGUGCAUAGCCUGAAGAUGCUCUGGCAGAGUGCACCCCAGCCCACCAGGGGCCCCCGGAAAAUGUGCCGAGGUGCACCGGGAGCCUUAACAUCCAAGAGAGAUGUCCUCAGCCUCCUGAACUUGUCCCCUCGGCACAGCAAAGAAGAGGACGGGGCAGACAAGCUGGAACUGAAGGAGCUGCCUGUGCAGCAGCAAGAUGAGGUGCCACCCAAAGUCCCCACCAACGGCCAUUGGCGUACGGAGACAACAGCACUGGCCCUGUCCAGUGGCCCUGGUCCCACAGCUGCCACACGCCCUCUGAGACUGCCCUUAGCCAAUGGCUAUAAAUUCCUAUCUCCGGGAAGAUUCUUCCCUUCCUCCAAAUGUUAAAGCGUCUUCCUGCCCUGACUCAGCACACAGCACAGCCAGGGUCUCGGGCUCCCUCGGACCUGUUCCCUCACAUAGUGCAGUCACCCACACAGCCACCAGCACCACCUCCUCUCAGACAGGUGGGCUCCCUGAGCAAGGCACUGCUUCGCCAAAUACCACCCCACCCCACUGGUGGCUCCUUGAGGCCAGUGGACUCGUGUAGGGUCAGAAUGGGCCGUGCACUGUCCACUCACUUCACGUUUACCUUUGAACUCCUGCUUCUCAUGUUAGAUGUGAUUCUGCAACAGGACUUUGUACAGAAACGGUCAUGGUUCUGUGGGGAGGCGAGGAGCACAUAUUUUGCUACAAGGUCUCUAUGCAUCCCUUUUAUACACAGAAGUUCAAACAGCUUUUGUAAGGCUUUCAGGUGCUGGAUGGGGAUAGAGAACAUUUCUCUAAGUUCAAUUCUACACGAAAGCAUUACAUUAUUAGCCAAAAGCAGAAUGAUGGUUUUUAAAAUGCCAGUGCUUUUGAUUAAAUCAUAGCCAUUUUGCUCUCAUGAUAUUGGAACAUCACAGCCACAAUGCAAUAAUAACUCACAUCAAAAGUGCUUCCAUCCCGAGCUGUUCCCCAUGAGCUCGACCAGGGGCCUUUUGGACCCCACUGUCAGCCAAACUUGAAUUUUCUUUAAAAAAAUUUCUGUAACUCUUGUCCAGGCAUUUAAAAACUAUGCAAUUGUGAUUUAAAACACAACUUUGUGCUUUUAAAACAUUACUGACCUUUUUUGUACGUGGGUAAACACUUGGUUUUAUUCUCAAUACUACUUUGCAUUUAUAGCAAUUAUUUUUUAAAGCUCAAAGGUUUUUUAAAAUGUCAGAUUUUGAAUAUUCCCCCAUAAGCAAUUAUCAGGUUUUGGGGGGAGGGAGUAUGGUUGAAAUUAUUCGGUUUCCUUUAAGAAAAAAGAAGAAAAAAAAAAAAAAGAAAGAAAGAAAAAGCAUCUUAUGGCCAGACAGACUGGAACCUCAUCUUCCAGCCCCGUCUCAUUCAGCUGCUUCUCUGUGCUGUUCCCCAGCUCAGGCUCCUCCAAGCCCUCUCAGUCCAUUACCAGGCCCCACCCCCCACCCUGUGAGCUCCUUCCUAUCACAGGAGACACUCAGAUCCUGAGAAGCGGGUGCCUUCUCUGCUGUAUAUUGGAGUUCUGACUAGAUGAGUGGUCAGGCUUCACCACAGCAGGUGAAGGUUGCUCUUCCUGAACUGUGACAGUGCACAUGGUUACCAGGUCAACAAGUCAAGGGAAUAACAUUCCAUAUCAGAACUUAAGUAUCUUUUAGGUGAUCUAAAAUUAAAAUCCCCCCUCACUGUGAGGGCAGUCACCUGGCCCAGGUCCCCAGCAGCACAUGGAGGGGACUUGGGGGACCUGGUAUCGUAGCUCCCAAAGGCACCUCUGUUUUAUUUCUGGUUUUGGUUUUGUAAGACUGGGUUUCAGUGUAGCCCAGGCUGGCCUCAGAUUUGAAGCAAUCCUCCUGCCUCAGCCUUGAGUGCUGGGAUUACAGGCCUGCACCACCACACUAUGCUAGGAUUUCACUCUGUAGCAGCCACUAACCACUUCCUGCUCUUCAGUGUGUUCUUCUGAAAUGGAUGGUGCUGCUCAACCCUGUUAGUCAGAUGAGCUCCAUCACAGAGGAUCCUACAUUUGACCCAACAACCUUGUUGACAAACACAAGGAGGAUGUCACAUUCUAGCCUGACACCAGCACUGGAAGAGAAACGUUUUAUGAAGCAGUAUGCAAUGAUGGGUUGUCUUAUGUUAGUAGGGGAAAAAACGCUCACAGUCCCCAUGUAGCAAAUGGAAACAAAAUUUAUAGCACUGUGCAUUCAGAUAACAAAGUCAAGUCCUCGGCACCCAAGAAGCAACCUCAGCACAGAUGCUAACAACUGGACUCUGUCCUCAGCCGUGUCUUCAGCCUCUUCCCCAAGUGCCCAGGAGCCAGGGCUGAUGGCCUGGCUCUUUGUGCUUAGUCCUGGGUGCAACCCACCAUUGGCAAACGCCUCUGCCCCUCCCUGCACCAUGCAGUGUGGUUGUCAAGCCAGUGAGGAAGACUCAUGGGCUGCCCUGGUUGCACGCCUAGGUACACUCUUGUUUUCUGGCUCACUGAAGAGUGAAAAGUACCUGGAUGUUUUUUCUUUGUACUAGAUGUACGUUUCAAUGAAGGGAAACAAAGUUGACAAAAUGAUGGGACCAAUGUGCAGAGUAUCCCUUUAAGUCAGUCUUAGUGAUUCCAUACAAGUAAGAUGCCAGUGAAGUGAAAGUCAAAUUGAAGCUUUCAGCUACACCAAAAAGAGGACACACGUAAAAUCACAGAAGACUGUGUCAUUCAGAGGUCUUUGUAUUGAUCAGGGGUUGACAGCCAUGACCCACAGGCUAAAAGCUGAUAAGCCGGGGUUUGGGGUUGGUUUAUUUUAGUUUAGUUUUUUGGCCAUAAUCCAAUAAUGGAUUUUGCCUUUUUGACCACAAAGCCUGGAGUCACCUAAUACCAGGCCUUUUUAGGGAAAGGUUGGCAAGUCCCGGUGCAUGUGACAGAAAAUGCAACUGCAAUUCCACUGUGUUCCUAUGAUAGGGGAGUACCUGAGGUGGCAGGGAAGACUGGCAUGCCGGGCCUGAGUCUGCCUACUGUGCCUGGGUGGUCCUGCAUAGUCCUUGACUCUUCAUCUCAACUGGACGGGGCCAGAGGACCUGGGCCAAAUUCACAGAGGUAUUCUUUGAUGCCCUUUGGCUGGUAGUAUUGGAGAGAUUUCAUUCUGCUCAGGAAAUGACAUUUUUUAGUUAAUUUUUUUUUCUUAAAUGCCUGCCCUGUUUUACCAGAUGCAGACUGCUGGAGACAAAUGCCUGUCGGACCACAAGAGCAAGGCUACAGGCUGUCUCAGUUCUCACCAGUGAUUUUUAACUUACAUUUUGACCCACGUUGGUGUGCAGCAAAGCAAAUUAGCUCCCACCUUCCUCCCCUUUUUCAAAAAUUCAUUCCACACUGAUCGGAGGCAAGGUGCCACCCACAGGGUCCUGACCCUGCACCUGCCCGCCCCAGAGACCCUCCGGUGGGUGAGCACCAGGCAAGUCCCAGACUGAGCUGUCCAGCUGUCUCCAGCACACACAGCCCAACUACAGCUUUAGCAGCACAUUUAGCCUGGUUUGUGUAAGGAGGCCAAAGGUAAAACGUGUAUAAUUUUCAUCGCACAUCUUGUUUGAUCUGAGAUGACUGUACAUGUGGCUUGUGAACAGGCCCGUUUGCACCAGAUCCUUCAGAGAAGUCCACGCCAGCGCCCGCUGUCCCCUUCCCGGGCACCCCUCACCCUACUUGGCAUUCACACUCCUUAUAUGCAUUGUUAGCCACCUUUGGCCUACAUGGACUUUUUUGUAAAUUACACAGUUUCCAGACAACAUUAAACUUUUUAUAUUACAGAAUUUGUCAUGUAAAAAGAACUUCAUAUUUUUAUCAAGACUGCGGGCACUUGGCCUUCUCCCUUUGUGAUCUCAGUGUCUAUUAAAGCAUGAGUUUGUUGGUUUUAA